CGCGAAACACCUUGCAAAGGCUUAUAGAAGUAUUUUUCAAUCCGCCAAGGCGGCUGCCGCAACGAGUGCUUGAAGACGUUCCUAGUCCACGCGGAUCAUGAGAAAUCGAUGAAUGAGCUUGAUGAGGCCACCUGAAGUGGGAUCUCAUGGAUGAGCGAACACAAAAGGGUCUACUUGUGACGACGUCAUGCGCGAGUUGGCUUCUUCAACGUAAACGUGGGACGACACGAGUCUGGUCCCAGGAGCAAACUUGCCACUUUGAAUUGACUUGUUGAAUGCGCAGGGUCCCUCGACAAGCCAACUGACUUCCCAUGGACCAAUACGAUUCGAGUGAUGAUGCCUCGACAAGCGACCCCGUCAGCUCACGCACCAGGCCGCCUGCCGACAAUGUGGACAGGGACCGUGAAGAGCGGCUUUUGCGGGAUCGCGUACGCAAGCGACAAAAGAAGAAGAGGGUCCAAGCGGAAGAAAACGACCUCAAACGCCAACUGUCCGAAUUGGAAAACAAACUGACGGUGUUGCGCGGAGAAUCUAUCGUCCGACGAGGGCUGACCGAUCGACGACGGCUCCAGAGCAAUCUGGUAUUUGAAUUUGAAAAGGCCAUGCUGUAUCAGGGUCUUGUCUCUACUCCGCGCCAGAAUUCGGCAAUGAUCUUAGACCCCCGUGAAGAUGCGUAUGUUUUCCACACCGUUUCACCCGAUACAACGCUCCCUCCGGCGGUACUGAGGCCCAUCAUGGCGCAACAACUUGCAAAACUGUCGCCAUGGGUGAUGGAGCAGCUUUCGCGAUCAACAGCCGACAACGGGGCCUUUAGUUUCGUUAUGGACGACGGUGGCCAAGACAUUGCGUUCCUUGAAAUGCGCAAAUUUCUUGUCAUGCACACUUCUGUCGACGCCGCGGCGCGUGGGUUAUUUGAUGCGAUGACGGGAGAAGGAUCAUCCUUAGUGCGACAUGGUGGGGUAUGUCCGAUAACCUUGUCAUGCUGUAGUGAUAGCAUGCAUAGGCGACAACGACCACCAUGUUGGAUGGGAGCGAUUUGUUCGUCAAGUCUGUCCGCACGAGCUCGCAGACGACGCAUCACUUGGUACAGAUUGUGACGUUGGCACCAGAUCGUGUCGUCGUGAUGCAAAGAAGUCUAGCGCAGGACGAACACGUUGCAGGAUGGUUUGUCUUUGAAGCGUCGUCUCCUACCACUAGUGUCAUGCAAGGCUACACCCAAGUGUCCCUCCAGUCCACCCCACAGAACGCUGCGCAAGUGUACACGGCGUUCAUGACCCGCUCCACGCGAUCCAAUGCGAUUCUGAAUCACCUCCUCGACAAGCUCAACGUCGUCAUCGCUUACAACUAGAUAGUACAAGGCAUCAGUGGUGGUCCAUAGCGAUCCAGUCCGAAAAGCGGCGCAACUCGUUAACGUUAUGUAUUGUAAUUGGAAUUUGCACGACCGCCAUCGUACAGAUACUGAUUGGUCAAAAUAUUA